AUGCUUUUUUGUCAUUUCCCAUUUCGUGAGAAAUCUGUAUCACGAUUUCCGUGCUUUAUCGCAGUUGAUGUGAGAUGUGAUGUAGUUCUUUUUUUUUCUCAAGAACUAUUUUAUUUCUUUCGGCUUGCAGGCUUUCUUCUUCUCUCGAAAUUUUGGGAACUAUACUUUUUCAUUACCAUC